CAGAGCAUAUUAAAUAAAAAUUGCAAUUGCAAUAUAUUAAAAUAUAUCUUUUCUUCUGAUCUUCUGCCAUGGGUCGUCGCAAGUCCAAGCGCAAAGGAGCCCCAAGAAAGAAAAACAUUCAGCCGCUGCCCAUUCUUUUCGAUUGUCCUUUCUGCAAUCACAAGCAGUCCUGUGAAGCAAAACUGGAUAAGGUGAAAAAAAUAGGAAGAGUUAUCUGCACCGUGUGCCAGGAAUUUUUUCAAACUCAAAUAAACAAUCUCACGGAGGCAAUUGAUGUAUUCAACGAUUGGAUUGAUGCUUGCGAGGAGGAAAACUAACGUUUAACACUUUUUAAUACGCUUUAAAAACAUGUAAAUACUUUUUGACAACUUAUAAGCAGUAAACCUUAAGCAAACUGCUCUUAUACUUCAAAUAUACAUGGAAUUCUACUUAUACGCGUGUAUUAUACAUAAUAUUUUACAUACAUACAUUUCUGCUGCAUACUUUUGAGCUGUGACCUUACAUUUUAUAUAACUAAAAUUAAAUGAACAAUAAACAAAAUGUGUCAGGUUUUAUUCACAAUAUUAAAACUAGUUAGGAAAUGGGUGUCAUUAAAUGAUGAACUGGUUUUGCAACGAAAUAACGUUUAAAUUUUGAUAAGAAAAAUGUACUUAUAUUUUCAAAAUUCUACACUGUAUUUAAAUGAAUUUAAAUUUAAAUUUAAAUUUAAAUGUACCUUUAUAUUAAUAUUAAGUAUAUUCAAUUAGUGUAUCUCUAAGAUAUUUUAC